UCCUAUGGUUAGCCUUCACUUCUAGUUCUACCGCAUGAAACGACGCCGUUGCCUUGUGCCCAGGGCAAAUCUCGCUCUGCAAGUCUGCGACCUCACUUCCAUCAGCUAGAGCAGAAACGCGUCACUUUCCCUUCCCCCUUGGUUGCUGACCAUGGCUUCUUCUUCUUCUUCCUCUUCGGGUGUGGCAGAGCGAAGGGGCAUACCCGCAGCUUCGUUCGUUGAAGACGUUCAGACGUAUCUCUCCCAAUCAGGUCUCGAUGUCAACACUUCCCUUGCUUUUUUCCAAGAAAGACUUCAGCAAUACAAGCUGGUUGAAAUGAAACUUCUUGCCCAGCAGAGGGAUCUUCAGGCUAAGAUCCCUGACAUUGAGAAGUGCUUAGACAUAGUUGCCACUUUACAAGUUAAGAAGGGUACUGGUGAGGCCUUUGUGGCUGAUUUUGAAGUCUCAGAAGGCAUAUAUUCUCGAGCUCGUGUUGAGGACUCUGACUCAGUGUGUUUAUGGUUGGGUGCGAAUGUCAUGUUGGAGUAUUCUUGUGAUGAGGCCAAUGCUCUUCUACGAAAGAACUUAGAAAAUGCUAAAGCCAGUUUAGAAGUUCUAAUAGCUGAUCUGCAGUUCUUAAGAGAUCAGGUGACAGUUACUCAGGUGACAAUUGCUCGCGUCUAUAACUGGGAUGUACAUCAGCGCAGAUUAAGACAAGCUUCGGCAUCCAAGGACUCCUGAAAAACACAAAUUAAAAAAAGAAAUUAUGAUAAUCCAAAUUAGAAAGUUGCAGUGCUGCUGGCUUUUUCCCUGCGGAGAGUGCGUGUCAUGUUAUUUUUGCUCCGUCAUUUGUUUAUUAAACCCCAGUCAAAUGAGUUUCUUCUCACUUAGGCUUCUAGAAUUAUUGUGGCUUAUUUUAUAAUACAUGUACAAGAAAAAUGCCUUGUUAGGGAUUCAGCUGUAAUAUUUGUAUGUUUUUUUUUUGAGUCUACUGCAAUUGGAAACUAAUGGGUAUGUUCUAUUUUGAAUUUUCUUUGA